GAAGAUGUAGAUUCUUUUAUGAAACAGCCUGGAAAUGAGACAGCAGAUGUAGUUCUUAAGAAGUUGGAUGAGCAGUAUCAGAAGUAUAAAUUUUUGGAACUUAAUCUUGCUCAAAAGAAAAGGAGGCUAAAAAGUCAGAUUCCUGAAAUUAAACAGACAUUAGAAAUUUUAAAACACAUGCAGAAGAAAAAGGCCAAUGUGAUGCUUGAAUAUGAUAUUGAUGAAGCUCAGGCUCUGUUAGAGAAGAAUUUGUCAACAGCCACGAGAAACCUUGAUCUUCUAGAGGAAGACCUGGAUUUUCUUAGAGAUCAGUUCACCACUACAGAAGUCAAUAUGGCUAGAGUUUAUAAUUGGGAUGUAAAGAGAAGAAACAAGCAAGACCCUUCCAAAAACAAAGCAUAG